GCGCUUUCAGCUGUCAUGCUGGUGAAAAACUAGUUAUUUUCUUGGAUUUUUACUCAUUUCUAAUAACCAACGACCUAAAUGACUGACUACAAAGAAGAGCAACAGAACGAGCUUGAAGCCCUAGAGUCCAUUUACCCAGAUGAGUUGAAAGUUUUGGAGACUUCUCCGUAUGCAGUGUUUGAGAUAUCUCUCGUUUCCCAGAAACACGAGGAUGAUGAAGACGAAGAAGAAGCAUCUUGUGUGCUGAAGUUCACGUAUUCUGCCACCUACCCAGAUGAGCCCCCGCUAAUGGAAGUCAGUGAAGCAGAAAACAUAGAUGAGGAACAACAGGCUGAAAUUCUCAGCUUAAUGCAAUCUGAGGCUGAGGAAAAUUUAGGUAUGGGGAUGGUGUUCACAUUGGUGUCUGCCGUGCAGGAGCAACUUACAACACUGAUUGAGCAGAGCAAACAGCGACGGAAAGAUGAGAUCCUGCAACGGUUGCGGGAGGAGGAGGAGCUUGAACAGAAAAAGUUUGAAGGCACUAGAGUGACGAUAGAAAAUUUCCUGGCCUGGAAAGCAAAGUUUGAUGCUGAGAUGGCGGAGCUGCAGAAACACCAGCGGAAAAGUGAUAACAAUAAAAAACUUUCAGGGAAAGAACUAUUUAUGCUGGAUGCCUCUAUGAUAGACUCAGAUGUACAGUUUCUUCAAGCAGAGGGUGAGAAAGUGGAAGUAGAUGAAUCACUGUUUCAAGACUUGGAUGACCUUGACAUUGGUGAAGAUGACCUUGACCUGGAAGAGUGAAGGUCAUAAUACUAGCUGAGGAUUAUUUGAAACAUCAUGAGUGCAUUUUUCACUGUUGUUAUUGUACAUUUAUGCAUAGAAUAGUUAAAUUUAUACUUUAAUU